AUGAGAUUUGCCAUUUUUUCUGCAAUUGUCGCGAUUGUAUCAGCCGCUCCGACUAAUGUGCCUGUCAAUGGAGAUGUCCGGACCACAGAUAUAGCUGACGAUAUCACCACCGAUGCUAAAGGAGACGUUGAACCUACGGUGAAUCCAGACGUCACAAGAGACGCAGACAACACAUUCGACGUUAGCGAUCUGAUCCACAACGACUCUGUCAUGCGCAAGAUCAGACGAACGCUCCGCCGGUUUGGCAGGCGAUCUGCUUUGGCGGAACUUGACAAGAGGGCUGAAGAGGCGACUCGGCCCAGUACAGAUGCCUACGGAAACCCUCUAGACAAGCGCUUUGAGCGGGCAGACGAAUCCGACGCCAUAAAUGAAAUGGUCCUUCAGAAGUCGCAUUCUAUACUGGAUCAGGUAUAUAUGGUUGGCGCCUACAAGGGUAUUGAUACUUGA